AUACCAUUUCGUUUUGCUAAAAUGGACCGGAGAACGCAAGUGAUUUUAAAUGGAAGUUUUCGAAAAAUAAAAAUGUUUUGAAAAAUGUACAUUUUUACUGCGUGUAUUUACAGAGCAUAGUACUGGCGGUGUUUUUCAUUCGUUUAAAUAUAAUUUAUUGCAUUUGAAUGAUAAAUUGAAAGUAGGGAAUUGCACGUAGUCUCAACCCAAAAUUGAUAGAUGGCGGCAACAGAGCAAUGUCAUUGAACACCACAUGUUGUAUAAUCAAGAACGUUGUGCCCGAGCGCUGUAGUCGCUAUCGGCACAAAAAAAUUUCACCUACCCAGUGAGUUUUUUCACUUGAGAAGCUGUCAUUGUUCGCAAAGUCGGUGAUAGUUACACAACUCAUUUUUCGAUACGAGCCACCAUCUUUUUUUCCUUCGAAUAGAAGUGUGAGGUACGGUUAUAUAACACAAGAACAAUUUUUUAAGUAAAAAAUGUCUCUACUAUCAUCGCGAUUGGCCACUAUUUUGGCACGUCAAUUGCCAAAAACAGCUGGACAAAUUGCCGUAAAAUCAGCAUAUCCAGCUGCCGCAAUUGCAGCCCGUAAAUUCCACGUAUCAUGCAGUCAACGUGCCGCUGAAAUCUCAUCGAUUUUGGAGGAGCGCAUCCUAGGCGCUGCACCAAAGGCCGAUUUAGAAGAAACCGGCCGUGUAUUGAGCAUUGGUGAUGGUAUUGCUCGUGUAUAUGGUUUGAAUAACAUCCAAGCCGAUGAGAUGGUGGAAUUCUCAUCCGGUCUGAAGGGUAUGGCAUUGAAUUUGGAAACCGACAAUGUUGGUAUUGUCGUGUUCGGUAACGAUAAAUUGAUCAAAGAAGGCGAUAUUGUAAAACGUACUGGUGCUAUUGUCGAUGUGCCAGUCGGUGAUGAGAUUUUGGGCCGUGUCGUCGAUGCCUUGGGUAAUCCAAUCGAUGGCAAAGGUCCAUUGGGCACAAAACAACGUUUCCGUGUCGGAACCAAAGCUCCAGGUAUCAUUCCCCGUGUAUCUGUACGUGAACCUAUGCAAACUGGUAUCAAAGCCGUCGAUUCAUUGGUGCCAAUUGGUCGUGGUCAACGUGAAUUGAUCAUCGGUGACAGACAGACUGGUAAAACUGCUUUGGCUAUCGAUACUAUCAUCAACCAACAACGUUUCAACUUAGGACAAGAUGAAUCAAAGAAAUUGUACUGUAUCUACGUUGCUGUCGGCCAAAAGAGAUCCACCGUUGCCCAAAUUGUAAAACGUUUGACUGAUAGCGGUGCUAUUGGUUACACCAUCAUUGUGUCAGCCACUGCAUCAGAUGCUGCCCCAUUGCAAUACCUGGCACCAUAUUCAGGCUGUGCCAUGGGUGAAUACUUCCGCGACAAUGGCAAACACGCAUUGAUCAUCUAUGACGAUUUGUCGAAACAAGCCGUUGCCUACCGUCAAAUGUCAUUGUUAUUGCGUCGUCCACCAGGUCGUGAAGCCUACCCAGGUGAUGUCUUUUAUCUUCACUCACGUUUGUUGGAGCGUGCCGCCAAAAUGUCAAAGGCUCACGGUGGCGGUUCAUUGACUGCUCUGCCAGUUAUUGAAACACAAGCUGGUGAUGUAUCAGCUUACAUUCCAACCAAUGUCAUCUCAAUCACUGACGGUCAAAUCUUCUUGGAAACUGAAUUGUUCUACAAGGGUAUUCGUCCAGCCAUUAACGUCGGUUUGUCUGUGUCACGUGUCGGUUCAGCUGCCCAAACCAAAGCCAUGAAACAAGUCGCUGGUUCAAUGAAAUUGGAAUUGGCCCAAUAUCGUGAAGUCGCCGCCUUCGCUCAAUUCGGUUCCGAUUUGGAUGCUGCCACACAACAAUUGUUGAACCGUGGUGUUCGUCUUACCGAAUUGUUGAAACAAGGACAAUACGUGCCAAUGGCCAUUGAAGAACAAGUCGCUGUUAUCUUCUGCGGCGUCCGUGGUUACUUGGACAAAAUGGACCCAUCAAAGAUCACCAAAUUCGAAAAGGAAUUUUUGCAACACAUCAAGACCAAUGAACAAUCGCUGCUCAAACAAAUCUCAGCCGAUGGUCAAAUCACCGACGCCACAAACACUAAACUCAAGGAUAUUGUCACCAAAUUCUUGAGCACAUUCGCUGCUUAAGCAAAAUUCUAAGAAAAUUUUCUUUUUUCGUUUCGUUGAGAAAAUACUACUACAAAAAAAAAAAAAACAACAACUACAAUACCAACAACAACCCAACAUUUAAUGUAUUUACACCAUACAAACAACAGAGCCAGAAGUUUAAGUAAAAACAAAUAAAAUAUAGACAUUCUAAGUUGCUUGAUCCUUCUAGCGAAUAUUUGGCUUGGAUUUUUGGAUUGGUCUCGCCCAAACUACCACCAUCUUCACCAAGAACAACUAUGGGAAAAUUUUACUUUUGAAAAGCUGAUCUAGAUGAGCAGGAUUAUAACAAGAAGAAAAGAAAGAAAAAUCGAGCGAACGAGUCAUAACCAAGUGAAAUUAAUUUUCAAUAUUCGAAACUUAUUGUUCAACAAAAAGUUAUAAAUUUAAAAAAAAGUAUCGAGAAAAAAUAAACAAAUGAAAAAUCCAAAAAAACAAAAA